AUCACCGAGGCUGUGAGAGCGGCGCCCGCCCAGCGCCCGGGGCUGCCGCCCCGCCGGGACGAAGGAGGGAGGCGCUGCCUGCGGGGAGGAAGCUGGAUGAAGACUUGUUCCUCAGGGCGGGUUGGCCGGCCCCUCGGGCAUGAAGGGGACCGCGGGGACUCUGCCCUGCCCUGGAACCGAGCGGGGACAUCAGGAAGACAGCUGCCUUCAGAUGAUACAGAAUUCACUGACAACUGCUCUUGCUUCAGUCCUACUUCAUGAGAACUUCAGAAGAUACUAACUGAGGCUGAUUCUGUCCUCAUCAGAUGGUACGUGAACAAUACACUACAACAACACCAGGCACUAGCCUAGAGAGGCCGAAGAAUGAAUACGUCUACAAAAUUGGAAUUUAUGGCUGGAGAAAGCGUUGCCUCUACCUGUUCGUUCUCCUCCUGCUUAUCAUCCUAGUUGUGAAUUUUUCUUUGACAAUUUGGAUUCUUAAAGUGAUGUGGUUUUCUCCAACUGGAAUGGGACACCUGCGUGUUACGAAAGAAGGCCUUCGUCUAGAAGGGGAAUCGGAAUUCUUAUUCCCUCUUUAUGCCAAAGAAAUCCAUUCUCGAGUGGACUCAUCACUGCUUCUCCAGUCUACUCACAAUGUGACUGUGAAUGCUCGCAAUUCACAUGGGGAAGUCACAGGCAGAUUAAAUGUGGGUCCUAAAAUGGUAGAAUUCCACAGUCAGCAAUUUCAGAUCAACUCGAAGGAUGGCAAGCCACUUUUUACAGUGGAUGAAAAUGAGGUUGUAAUUGGCACAGAUAAACUUCGAGUCACAGGGCCUGAAGGAGCACUUUUUGAACAUUCUGUAGAAACACCACUUGUGAAGGCAGAAGCUUUUAAACAGCUUAGGCUGGAAUCACCGACUCGGUCUUUGAGUAUGGAUGCACCACGAGGAAUUAAUAUCAAAGCGCAAGCUGGGAAUAUUGAAGCUCUUUCCCAGAUGGAUAUCAAACUACACAGCAGUGAUGGUGUGCUUUUGCUCGAUGCUGAAACUGUGCGGCUGCCCAAAUUGCCUGAGGGUACAAGGGGUUCAUCCGGUAUUUCUCAGGGGCUCUACGAAAUCUGCGUGUGUCCGGACGGAAAGCUCUACUUGUCAGUGGCCGGAGUGGGCUCCACUUGCCAAGAAUACAGCCGUGUCUGCCAGUGAGGCACCAGAAAAGGCCGCCCAUCCCCUUGCUAGUCUGAGUUUUAUAUUUUGCUAAAGAGAGUUACUAAAAGCAGAACUUUCAGAAUUUUAAAAACAAAGUACUUCAGUUUAGGAAACAAAUCUGUAUCUACAAUUCUGGACUACAGGGUGAAAGGGGAAGAAGAGCACAAAUGACAUUUCAACUUCAGAAGAAUGACUUGAAUCAUAUUAUAUGUUCUGUCAGUAACACUUUGAAAACAGCCUUACAGAAAGCAUAAGAAAAAUAAAAGGAAUAUGUUUCCUUGCUGAACUACUAUUCAGUCAGAUGAUUAUGUGAUUGUUAAUAUUUUUGAGCUCCGCGGUUUUUUUCUCUCACUACAUGGAAACACUUACUGCAUUAGUGGGUGAAAUUAAAUUGAGGGAACUACUUGAACUAUCUGCUAAGACAAAGCAUUUUUUCGGGAAUUCAGAAAGUGCCAGCAAAUGGUCUAUGCAAUUUUGUUCUUGCAAUAACACAAGAUAUGAAAAAUGUGGUAUUUGUAUAAAUUCUGUGUAAAAGGUGUUAAUUUGCUAAUAGCUUUCUAUUUUAAUUUGGCAACAUAUAUGCUGAUUUGCUUAUUACUGAGAUUCAUAUAAAAAUAACUAAUACAAAAAGCUCCAGGAGUCAUUUACACCUCCCUGUGUCUCAAAUCUGUUUACUAUCCAACAGAGAAAUAUGUUAGUAUAUUUUAUAAUAGCAAUAGUUUGUUGUACUGCCUGUACCAUCAUACUCAUUUACACCCUUUUAUAUUUUAGGACAUGCUAAUUCAACAAGGCAAUUUGCUCUGCCAGCUGGACUAGUAAAAAGGAAAAAAAUCCUUAAUGUGGCUCCAGAUUGUCUGAAACAAGGAACUGUUUGGGCUGUGGGGAAAAAACAAAUACUUUUUUGCAGCCCACAGGAUUCAAUUAAGAGGACUAUUUCAUUUCCAUCUGCAGCUGUUGACUGAUAUUUCGGAUCCUGUCAGAGUGGGACUUCAUCACAAACGGAGGGAGUAAAUCUGCUCUUUAUUAUUUUUUACAUUAGGACUUUGGAUACAAAGUAAAUGUUCACCAGAGUCGACAAACCAUUAAUUGACCUUGUAGAGAAACACAACUGCAGACCCAUUCCCCUGUACAGUGUUGCACUGAACACAAAUAAAUUGUUUGCACACUUCUGGGUAGCAGGAUUUGUAUUUAAUAGUCUGUUGUUUGAACCUCAUGGGUUUUUUACUCUUUUGAUGCUGUUUUGUAUAUACUUGAUAUUAUUACCCAGGUUGGAGCUGCUAUCACAUAGUGCCUUGGUGUCUAUUUACAGAAAGAUUUUUACCCAUGAUGAUUAUUAAACCCCAGAAUGUCCAUCCUUCAGAGAAAAGAAUCGUCAUCCUUAAGGCAAGAGAAUCAGAACAAAAGAAUGACUAAGACUAUGCCGUUUUUUAAACUUGCUACUUCAGCUGUGGUGGACAAACAACCCUGGGUAGUCCCUGCCUCAAGGGCUGCCUUUGUAAUUAAUGCAAUGAGUCUAAUUACAAUACUGAAAUUUCCCUUCAUUAGCAGGGUGGAGCCCUCAGCAAUUCAUGCAAAUUAGAAGAGCUUCAAUAGGAAAAGUAGGAGACAUGCUUAAGGUGAGCUUUUGGGUCCCUUCAGGCAAAGGAGGAAAGUGAAUCAAGGUCUCCCAUGUUAUUUGGAGAGUGCUCUGAUUAGUAACAUACUGCCUCAAGGAGAAGUAGAAAGCCACACAGCUUCCAUUUCUGAAAUUCCCUUUUCCUGGGCUUAGACAUCUACUUUCAGGAGUGAGUCCAGGGCUGUUGGCCCUAAAGAAAGGAAUAUAUCUCUUUACAACUCUCUCUCUCAAUUGUAUCUCUCUCUACAACUAAGCCCUCAGCCAAGACAGGCUUAAACGGAAACCUGUCUUCAGCAUUCCUUUAAAGUCAGUUUAGGUAGUUCCAGCUCCAUGUGCAAGUUUUUACAAUCCAAAUUACGAACAGUCUUGGCUUAUUCAUUGGAUAGAAAGUCUGUGUAUUAAAAUAAAGGACAGCAAAUUCCAUUGCAUAUGCCAGAUACUUAAAAACUGCUGCUACAUGUAACCUGGAGGGCUGUAGCAGCUAGAGUCUUUUAUAGAUGUAGUACCACAGCAAGACCAGGACUUCAGUCCGUAGAGGAUUCAGCCACUACCUAGUUUCAAAGGCAUUUAUAUUGUCAUCAUACCCAUGUUUCUGACAUCAAGGCCCACUUCCAUGGGGUACCAAACUACUCAUUCACCUAAUCUAAUCCCUAGAUGCUAGCCAGAUACCGUAAAUAAGUACAUUAGGUACAAUCUGCCUAUUAGGCUGGCAAUGGAAAUAAAACAUUUUAAGUUAUGCAUUUUAAGCUUUUGUUUUGGAGGCACAUUUUCAAAUGUGAUUUGCCAGUUAAUACAGAGUAAGGGAUUGAACCCAGACUUUCCACGUAUUGGCGUACUGCACACCGGGUUAACAAUCCCACUUUUGGGACCGCAAGAGUAACCUAACCCCUAAACUACUGGGUAUUUGGAAGCCACUUCUGUUGCAGCUUCUUGCAUUGAAAUUGCUCUGGUUUAGUUAACAUUUUUACAAAGUUAUACAGGAAAAUCAGGGUGCAGUUCCCUGGCUGGUGACACAUUAUGGCACCUCAGUUAGACAUUGCAAUAGCUGCUGCCUUUCUUGUGGAGAUCAUCUUUUUGGACUUGCCUCAGUUCACGGGUGGAUUCUGAGUAGUACAGAAAACUAAACAGGUCUGCCGUAUCCUCAGCUCUGCCGGGAUCCGAAUCACCAACAGGCCCCUCUUCAUUGUUUAAACUUAAUUAUUCUUUUCAUUAUGCUACAGACUUGACAUUGAAAAUAUAGUUGCAUUAUAUAAGUUGCGCAGGCUUUAUAAAGCAUGGAUGGCAACUUCUUCUCACUGAAGAACAUUUUUGGGAUUUUGUCUUUUAGUUGUGGUUAGUGGAGAAACAAAGUUCAUGCUAAAAUUACCACAGUGUAAUCAGCUGAUGCUAUAAUCUGAAUUGUUGUUAAUAUCAAUAUAGUUCGCACGCCACUAAAUUAUCAUUUCCAAUAUCUCCAUAUGGAUGUCUUUCCAUCUCUAAUAUUUCAAAAUUAUUGUUUCUACUUGAAUCAAACUUCAGUAAAUAGUUACAGAUUAACAGAAAAUUAUGGCACAGGAAAGUGAGAGUACGCACUUCUCUAGUUUAUUUUCAACAGUGUUACCCAAAUGGAGGAAAAAUCCCCCAAAACUCACUACCCAGCAUAGUGAACUGUAUUGUUUGCAUAUUUUUUCCCUCAAAAAGAAUUAUUUACAGCAGUUCUUGUAACUGGUUGGGAUUGUUACACAGUGGAAAAGUAAAAUUAUCAAAAUGGCAGUAAAACUUCAUUGCCCAAACACAACCCUCUUUGUUUCCAUUUCAGUCCUUUAACAUUGACAUUCGUCUAUCUUUAUAUAGCUUUAUGCAAAAGGAAAUUGCAAGAAUUAACUGAAAACUGAGUUCUUGAAUAAACUUUAUACAUUUUGAAAA